UGUUUAGCCUACUCGCCGCGGCAUUUUUUUUCAUCAUCACUGGAUACGAAUGCGUCGGAAGUCCUCGUCUGUGUUUACCUACAAGACAUUUCAUUCUACGUGCCUUAUGCUGUAGGAGACCGUAACUUAGGCUAACUGACUUUCCAGGUUCCAGAUUGGUCAUGUCUCGUCGACGUUGACGGGAAUAGAGAUUCGUUUUGCCCCUAUCAAGGUCCUUCGAAUCCAACGUAGAAUCGUACAUUAUUUACAAACGUUGUUGUUAUCGAAGUCCACUCAAUAGCAAGGCAGUAGAGAAGAGAGCACCCGUCUGCAUCGCGGAGGUGGACACCGGCCAUAACGGGACCGUACCGGAGACAUACACCGCAGAUUCGGAACUGUGCCGCAAGCCACAUAAUAGGUUAUAAUUUGCUGACUCUUGGAUGCCUGGAAUAACCUACCGUAAACGGCAAAAAAAUAGCCCCUGCUCCUCAUUAUAAAAUGACAACCUCGGACAGUGACAAGUGCUGGCGGGAGUGCAUGGAUGUUGCUGUAGAAGUUGCAUUUAGAGUUGGUAAGGUAGUGCAGGAGGCGGUGAAGCACGAGAAGAACGUGAGUACCAAGAGCACGCCAACCGACCUGGUAACGGAGGCCGACCAGCAGGUGGAGGAGCUCAUCAUCUCCACCCUCAGGGACAAGUUCCCCUCGCACAGGUUCAUCGGAGAGGAGUCGUCUGCAGCCGGGGAGAAAUGCAUCCUCACAGACAGCCCCUCCUGGAUCAUAGACCCUAUCGAUGGCACCUGUAACUUUGUUCACAGUUUCCCCAUGGUUGCAGUUAGCAUUGGUUUUGCUGUGAAGAAAGAGCUUGAGUUUGGAGUGAUAUACCAUUGCUUCGAUGGAACAUUAUACACAGCAAGAAAAGGCCACGGGGCAUUUUGCAAUGGUGUAAGGAUCCAAGUAUCAAAGGAAAAAGAUGUCUCCAAGGCGCUCAUUUUGACCGAGAUCGGAGCCAAGCGGGACCCAGCAACACUCAACAUCUUCUCAGGGAACAUCAUGAAGUUACUGAGUGCACCAGCUCAUGGGGUGAGGAUCAUCGGCAGCUCCACCCUGGCCCUGUGUCUGAUAGCCACGGGCGCGGCUGAGGCCUAUUACCAGUACGGCCUGCACUGCUGGGACAUCGCCGCUGCCGCUGUCAUCAUCCGAGAGGCCGGGGGAGUCGUCAUAGACACCACAGGGGGUCCUCUCGACCUCAUGUCCCGAAGAGUGGUCGCUGCAGGAACCCACGAGAUGGCCAAUUACGUCGUCCAGCAACUGCAGCCUAUCAGCUACAAGCGGGACGACAGUGACCCAGGUGUGCAAAAGUAAAAGUCUACCUCCAUCUAUCCAGUGGAUUCUCCUCCGCCUUUUACCUCAAAUCAUGAAAUCCUGCUGCAGAGUAUGCAAGCCUGCUCUUUUUUUUUCAGAGGAGAUUUAGCUAAAAUGUAAUUUCUCCUUAUAAUAUGGAAAUCUUUUUACUGUUUAUUGCAAGUAUGUAAUAUACACACGGCCAGUUAAUAAUUUGACUAGAUUUACAGUAGUAAUUACAUAGAUUGUAAGUACUGCUUAUUUAUUCUUAGUUGAAACACUGACUAAAGUUUGUCACAAUGUUUAACCGUUUUUAAAAACUUUUCUAAAUAUGGAUCCUCAUACAAAGGAAAAUGGUGGAAAAUGUAGACGUGUUUUCAAUGACGUAAUGAAAAUAGAUGGAGCAGGUUUGUCUGGAGCUAGAUGUUUGGUUUGUAGUGAUGGUUGUGGAUGGUAAGACUUAAAUCACUGCCAAGAUUAUUUUCAGUGCCGUUGGGCCUAGUUAUUCACUAUAUUAAAUGAAAUAAACAAUUACAGUAAUA